AUGAACCUGAGCAUUCGUGGAUCCAUGGGAACUGCCAGCACCGGCGUACCGGUAGCAGUGGAUAAAUAUCACGGCACAGAAAAGGCAUCAUACGAUAUUGAGAACGGUACCAUUAUCGACAACGCUGUCACUACCAUUCAAAAGUUCAAAGCAGAAAUUUCUCUUUUCGCAGCUGACAUGGUGUUUCAGCUACGUGAUGCCCACCGCUGGGCCGAAAAUGUCUUGACACAGGUUGACAAGAUCAUUGCAAACCUUCAGGACGAUGCUACCGGCUUGGUCCAUCAUGGUCGCCUUGCAGAGGAAGCUGCAGAACUGCGAAACCAAGCUGACACCAUUGUUCAGGUCAGUACUAGUCUUCAGUCGAGACUUGUGCCCAAGAAACUGAGUCUGCAGGAAACAGCCAUGGAAUACGACCAUCUCUUGGGUGGCACGCAGUGCUCCACACUCUUGCAACAAGAAUUCCACGAACGGGCUCCGUGGAAAAAUGAUCUCCCAGUCAAUAUCGUUGUUAUUCUUAGUGACGUCUACGAGGUCAUUCAGCAUUUAGAGACAGGUCUUCGUCAGGCGCAACAAAAGGAGAAUGACACAGCGGACCCCUUGACAUUCGCGACCAUGACCAAAUGGGAAGCACCCUCCUCCUUUGAGCGCUCCACUACCAAGUACUGGGUGGAAGAGCCUCAACUUGACAGGCUACUCUUUGCCUGUGUCAAACAAGUGCCCCUGCUCGUGUACGGUCACAGUGGACGACUCACCACUGCCAAUACCGACCACGAUUCCAGCCAUCAGCUAUGGACCAGUUCCAACAUUUCCUCUCCGAUUUCUUCCGUGUACUUUGACUCACCAAAGAUGACCUUGUACAAAGGUCGAAUUGCACGCCUCGAAGGUGCUCAACUCUUUCGUGUUCGUUGGUACGGUCCCCGUCCUGUUGGCGAUGCAAAGCUAUUCUUGGAGCUCAAGACCCAUCACGAAAAGUGGAUUGCUGAAUCAUCCGUCAAAGAACGGGCCAUCAUCCUGGAGAAAAACAUGAUUCGAUUCCUCGAAGGCCGUAUCUGGGAGGCCAACGAAGCCAAACCCAUCGUGGUGGCUGCCAAUCCCAACCUGAUUGGCAAGGAUCUCAACGAUGCCGUCCAGUUGUUGACCAGGAUGCACAAUUUGGUCUUCAAAAAAGGUCUCCGUCCCUGUGUGCGGACCGUCUACUCCCGAGUAGCUUUCCAGUCUUCUUCCUCCAAUGCACUCAAGCUCACACUGGAUCGCAACAUUCGUGUCAUUGACGAAACACAAGCUCCUCACGGCAGUUGGUGCCGGCCGGAUGCAGACAAUGAUCCUGGAUGUCUUCUCCCCAACCCCGUCUUUGAAGUCAAACUGUCUGGUAGCGACAUGCCUCCCGCAAUUGCUUCCUUGAUCGAUGAUGGUGUCAUUCACGAAGCCGCCAAAUUUUCCAAGUUCCUCACAGGAGCCAGCACCGUGCACACAGACAAGGUGGAAACGCUCCCCUACUGGGGCGAGCACCCAGCUUUUGAAGCACUCAUGCUUCCAUCCAAACAGCAACAGAACGCCAACAGCGGCGGCAAUAUGGCUCCGAAAUCAACUCCAAGGGGAAACCAGAUCAAGAUCAACAACGACGACAUUUUUCGUAAACGGGGGAGUUUGUCUUCGCCACCCAACCAAGUCAUUGUGUCGUCGAUCGAGAGGUCUUCUACUGGCAUCACUGUUCCCGAUGAAGCCAGCAAGACAAGUAGUAGUACAGCAGAAUCGAAGAGAGGUGAGACUAGGCUAUCUUGUCUGUUCUCCCGCUGGAAGAAGAGAGCUACGAGCAUGGUAGCUCCCAAGAAGCCGGCUCGUGUUGAACCCAAGAGCUACUUUGCCAAUGAGCGGACCUUUAUUCAGUGGGUCAGUGCGUCCCUCUGGUUAGUGACAAUUUCGGCUCUUCUUUUGGAACGGGAAGAGAACGGAGUAAGCCAUCUGACCCUUACAGGCAUUGCAUUGAGUGGCGGGGCCCUGGUUGUGGUUUUGUAUGCCUGCGUGGUGUACUUUCGACGAGUUCGUUUGCUGCAAAGCGGAAACUCUCAGGGGUAUGUGGAUCAUAUAGCUCCCAUGUUGUUGGCUGGUUCUAUCAUCAUUGGCGUUUCCGUUCUUCUGGCUCAAAAGGCAAACGACAAGGUAUCUCUGUUGGCACCUGCAUCGUCGGUGGGCAGAACAACUGCAGUGCUGUCUGAAGAGGCCGGGCAAUGCUUCUUGCACUCCAAUGAUGGUGUGUCUCGUCUUGCGUAUCAACCUAGCGAUAUUGCGAUUGACAACGACCGCAACAUGCUGCUGGUGCCUUCGUUAGGCCGUGUGAUGGGUCAUUCGAAAUCCAAAUCGCAAUCCAAAUCGCAAUCGCAAUCGCAAUCCAACCCUGAGGCGAAUGUUCGGGAGCUCCUGAAUGUCCAUGGUGCUGACAUGGAAGGGCUCGUGUACGCCGAAGGAAGGCUGUUUGCCCUCUCCGAGAGUUCUGGUCCUGACAAUGGCAGCAAUAUCGCGGGUUUGUUGGAGCUGCAAUGGCAAGGCGACAAGCUGGAGUUGUUGCGUGUUUGGAAAAUCGAGGACGAGCCAGCGGAAGACAUUGGAGAGGGUCUUGCUUACAUUGUCGAUGCCAAUGGCGAAGGCAAUCUGUGUGUUGAGGUAUCGGGAGCAAUCAACCUUUAUGCAUUGCCACCGCCUGCCUCCCAAGUGGACUUGCCAUUGUUAGAGCAUCAGUAUAGCCCUACCUUGGUUAAGCGAGACUCUCUGAACAAGAAGUUGCUAGCUGAUGGAUUGCAAGAUGGCAGAAUUGGCUCCAUGUAUGCCUUUGGUGAUAUGAUGUUUGUUUUGCAUGACAAUGACGGUGUCAUUCGCUCAUGGGAUCUUGCUCGAGGAGAGCUGCUUGCACAAACUCGAUUGCCACUUCCAGUGCCAGUUCCAGCCAGCGGGAGCCAACGAAAGCAGUGGGAGGGUUUGGCCAUUGAAGCAAACCGCGGGGAUUUUCUGAGUUUGAUGCCGUCAACGCAUAAUAUGCAUAGCGGUACCCUUCGUGGAUCUCAAUCGCAAGACAUUGUGCAGUCGUCUGUGCAGUCGUCUGUGUCUGAAGUUGUUCUUCAUCUUGCCAUGGACACACCUCCUCAGGUCUGGUCGUUUGCGGUUGCUGUUGCGGUCCAGCAAGGAGAUCUCGAAUCAAGAGGGCAGAUUGUCUUUCCUCCAUGCGCUGGGGUUCCGUCUCCGCACUAUCUUUAG